UAUCUGCGAGGCCUCAGGCCACUAGCCCGCUCGUUGCAUAAUCGAAAUUCAAUAGAUCCUUGCCGUUGAAUGUCGGCGAUCAUAGGCUCUUCGGAAGUGAUGAAGCUCGCGCAGGAUACGGCCGCUGCCGAUGCCAAGGAAAGCACAACGAUCCGAUUUGAAUGGACCCUCCGAGGACUCAAGAACCUGUUCGAGAAUAGUAAAGGAGAAGCCAAGUCCAAGGUCACGAAGUCACCCAGGUUCGGGGACGGUCGGUGGCAAAUCUUGUUCUACGCAAACUCCGGAAACGUCGGCUCAGAUGGCCAGACCUUCGUCAGUUUGUACCUCGCGUGUGAGCCUACUACUGCCGAAAAGGAGAACGCUGUGAACGGCAAAUGGUCUCGAGAGGGUCUUUUCAACUUCGGCUUCGAAAUACGGAAUAUCACCAAGGCGAUGCAGUUCAACGUGAAAGAGGCUCACGACCACUCGUUCUACUAUCCUGGCGCACAAAAUUGGGGAUGGGCCCAGUUCGCUCGGAGAGACGCAGUCUAUUACCAGCCAGCGACGGUCAAGCAACAUGAUGCGUUCGUAAUCAUUUGCACCAUCACCUCCUCGCCGGCGACCCCAGCGUCCAUGCCUGCCAUUCCUCGAUACCGCGUACCCCAAGAUCUGCUAGACUCAAUGGGUAGCCUUCUGGAUGAUCCAUUGUACUCCGACGUUGAGUUCGUAUUGCCGCAGAGAGGAAAAUCCGUACCCCGGAAGAUUUAUGCCGCGCGUAGGCUGCUUAGCAGAGUCGCUUAUUUCGAUGCUAUGUUCGGCUCCGGAUUCGCCGAAAGCGCUUCCAAUGUCGAUCUGCGCCCUGACCCACUUCCUUCGGACGACGCCAGCGUCUCAGAAACCGGCGCAAUUGCUCAAUACUUUGAUGACACAGAUCUCGAAGACGAUGACAACUAUUCAGUCAUGCUCGACAACGACCAUGACUCCCUGAUCGACGAUCCUUACCCCCAAGACGUAGUCUCGGGCACUCAGCUAGGCAGUGAAGACGUGCUGCCUACUCCUAUCACACAAAGCGCGACCACCUCGCUUCCAAGCGAGAGCAACAAGAGGAUCCUGAUAAGUGGCGAUGAGGCAAAUGAGACUCGCGAUGUGUUGGGACCAGACGCUUCCGAUGAACACGAACAGUCUGCGCGAAACACGCGUCCGAAGUUGAGCCACCCGUCUACGCCGCGGAGCAGGGACGUGAUGCUAGAACAGGAGGCGCAGAUGCGCUCCCCGCCUCCGAGAGCUGUAGAAAUUUUGCCAGUACAAAGCCAACCACGGCCUGAUGUUCCCGGGCCCAAGAAGGCACGAGUGGUCGUCAAGGACGUGGCCUACACUACCUAUCGUGCUGUCCUGUACUAUAUUUACACCGACAUGAUCACUUUCGCACCGCUUUCCUCUACGUUCCUCGGCCCCUCUUCCCUCCCACUCGGAACGGGCCCGCACGCGACGUCUGUCGUCUCGACCCCCGCUGCGCUCUCUUCAGAAAACCAGCUCAGCUACGUGUUUGCACGAGCGAAUCAGCCUUCAGAGGCGUCAGGCGUGACGGGCUCGCUCGCUGCAGCAUCACGGUCGCGGAAGGAAUGGUUGGCGGAAUGGGAGCGGAACAAUCCUAGCCGGCCUAGGCCCGCGAGUGCGAAGUCGGUGUACCGGCUCGCGGACAAGCUAGAAUUACAGGACCUGAAGGAGCGCGCGUUCCACCACAUCGUCAAGUCGCUCACCGUGGAAAACGUUGCACACGAAGCUUUCUCUGCGUUCUCGGCCGCGUUCGAGGACAUCCGCAAGGUCGAAGUGAAGUACAUGUUCGACCACUGGCUCGAGGUCCGCAAGGGCCCGCUGCUCAAUAUCGGGCAGCAGCUCCGGCUCGGGAGGUUCCCAGGUUUCGAAGAAGUCUGGCCGACCAUCAUACAGAACCUCGUCGCUGAUGACAAGAAGAGCGAAAGCGAGUCAUCGAGUCGUUGAGGCCCCGCAACACACCCCUUGUGCUCCAAAUAGUUGUUGCUUGUUGGCUGGAGGACAGUGGGGCGAAAGCUGACCGUGUAUGAAAGGUUCUGCCAUCUUGCUUCUCUGGGAGUAAAAUGUACUAUAUCCUGCUGUUGAUUCGCAUGCUUUCCGGCAUGAAUCAGUGAUCUUCCC